AUGAACAAAACCUCAACUUUGAAACUCUUUUCUUGUUUCACAUUUCACAAAAUACAAGAUCUCCCGUCCCAAACAUCCCCAAUUCUUAAACCGAUUUCCUCUCUCCCAUCUUUUAACUCGCAAACUACUUCACUGCAAUCACCAAAGCGCCCAUCUCAAAAGGAUGGUGUGCUCAUAGUGUGUUUUUUCUUCAUAUUGUUCCAUAAUCCACACUAUAACAUUGGGGUUAGAGCCUAG